UUAUUUAACACUUGUCUUCUCUCCUUGCCAACCAUCAGAUCCACUCUCACUUGUUGCUUUAUUCUUCUUCUUCUUAUUCAAUUAGAGGUAGCUUAGCUAGGUGCACAUAAUUGUUUUGUGGAGAGAAUCUGUUUUGUGGGGUGCCAUGGACAACAAUAACAACGACUUUUGGAAAUUCAGUGACCAACUGAGGGUUGAAUCUGGUUUGGCGAAUCUGUCUCUGAAUGAUGAUUAUUCCAUUUGGAACAACAGCUACAGCUCCAAGAGGCCUGAUCAGAGGAGGAACUUUGAUGUGAAUCAUCAUGAUUUCAACUCAUCAAAGCCUUGUGAUGAUUUUUUCAAUGAUGCUUGGAAGAUGACCAAUUCCAAUGCACCCCUUUUCUCUAUGCCUCACAACAUCAACACCAACACCAACACCAACACCACUCUUGGAGUUGGAGGCUUCAACAAGGGAAUCUAUUCCAACACCUCCUCCUAUCAUCCUAACCUUAACAACAACACUCUUGGAGGCUUCAACAAGGGAAUCUAUUCCAACACCACACACUCCCCCUAUCUUAACCUUAACAACAACAACCACCACCUCAACAACAACCUCAACACCAACCUCAAGGGCUACAAGACUUUUUUCAAGGGUGAAGAUCUCUUUCAGACACCCAAAACUGCCAAGAAGAACAACACCAACAAUAACAAGAAGCAUGGAGACAAUAACACAAAUAAUGAUGUAACCAAGACUGACAAGAAAUUUAAAACACUCCCACCAGCUGAAUCUCUACCUAAGAAUGAAACCAUUGGAGGCUACAUCUUUGUUUGCAACAAUGAUACCAUGGCAGAGAAUCUCAAAAGACAGCUCUUUGGUCUGCCUCCGCGAUACCGAGAUUCAGUUAGAACGAUAACUCCAGGGUUGCCCCUUUUUCUGUACAACUACUCCACUCACCAACUCCAUGGUAUCUUUGAGGCUGCAAGUUUUGGAGGAUCCAAUAUUGAUCCAACGGCUUGGGAGGACAAGAAGUGCCCUGGUGAAUCUCGUUUCCCUGCUCAGGUUCAAGUUAUUACUAGGAAAGUUUGUGAACCACUGGAGGAGGAUUCCUUCAGACCAAUUCUUCACCACUACGAUGGUCCUAAGUUCCGUCUUGAGUUGAGUGUGUCUGAGGCACUGUCUCUCCUGGAUAUUUUUGCAAACCAGAACAGUUUCGAUGAUAUUUUCAAAGCCAUACCUGCAUGAAAGGAUAGAAAUUACUGAGAAUACAAGAAGAGAAGUUACAAGGAAAAGGAAUAGAUAAUGAAUAAUUGGGACUUGUGAUAUAGAGUAUCUGAAGAUAAUUGAGACAAUGAAUGUAGUGGGGAACGAUUGAAUAUUCAGCCGUUAUAUAUUUAUUUAUGUUAUUUGUAUAGAGGCUGCUAUGCCUGAUUGCCUUUUUUUUUUCUUGGUACGGUUGUAUAUGAACAUCACACAAAAAAAAAAUACAGUAAGAUUGAACUAACUUUGCUCA